GGCACAGAGAGGGAGGGUUCCAUCCCCAUGUUCAGCAUCACCCCACACCUGGCUGCACCCUCUGCCAGCCCAGGAAAUCACACAGGACACGGGAUGAUGCAGACACCACAUACCCCAUUGUCCAGGACAGAGGGGAAUGAGUGCUCCCUAGCCCUGGGUCAAGUGGCUGCAGUGCUAGAGGGAUGCUCUGUGAAGGGCUCAAUCUCAGCUUGGGGUGGUGGCCACUGUCCUCCCUGGGGCUCACGGUGUGCUUGCCCAACUGGCCAUAGCUCCCACCUGCCUGGGAAGGUGUCUGCCCUCCCCACCUGCCCUUGCUGGCUCUGGGACUUGUUUACCUGCACCAUGGACAUGAGUGGCCCUGAGCCCUGGGAACAUCCAGCUGUGACCAGCUCUGGCCAGGCCAGGUGUUCAUGGCCAUGUGGAAAAACACCUCUAGUCCCAACGGAUCUGAAACAAGUCUGAGCAUAGAAUGACUCCCACCCCAGGCACUGGUGCUCAUCCCAGCACAUCCAGGCCCACUGCUACCCCAGCUGUGUGCCCACAACCAGCACCCUGUGCCCUCCAUCACAGCCCUGCUCCAGCUCCACAGGCUGCAGUCAGAACUAACACAAAUCAUGACAGCAAAAGCCCAAGCCCCCCAGGUGCCUUUUGACAGUACUUUCCCACGUCCUUGUUUACGUAUGGUACAGUAUGUACCCGUCAGUGCUGCCCCCAGCUGACACAAGGCCACGGGGACCCUAAACCUACGAGCCACGUGGCUCCCUGGCUGCUAUAAAGCUCGUGGUGCCCAGGGGUCCAGCCCAUCUCCGUGCAGGAUGGCGUUCCUGUGGGUAGUUGCCUGUCUGGCCCUUGCCAGCGCCGUCUCAGGCUGCGGGGUGCCCGCCAUCAGUCCCGCGGUGUCCUACAACGAGAGGAUUGUCAAUGGGCAGAACGCUGUGCCCGGCUCAUGGCCCUGGCAGGUGUCCCUGCAGACCCGCACAGGAUCCCACUUCUGCGGCGGCUCCUUGAUCAACCAGUACUGGGUCGUCACUGCUGCCCACUGCAACUUCAACCCGCUCUCCCACGUUGUUGUCCUCGGGGAAUACAGCCUUGCUUCCAGCUCUGAGGCCGUUCAAGUGAAGACCGUGUCCAGGGCCAUCACCAACCCCGGCUGGAACCCCAACACCAUGAACAACGACAUCACCCUGCUGAGGCUGUCCACGCCCGCCCAGCUGGGAUCCCGUGUGUCCACCAUCUGCCUGCCCCCUGCCAACCUGGUUCUGCCCAGCAACGCCUGGGCUGUCACCACCGGCUGGGGACGCACCAACCCCAACUCCCAAGCUUUGGCAACAGUCCUGCAGCAGGUGACCGUGCCCCUGAUUUCCCAGAGCCAGUGCAUGCAGUACUGGGGCAAUUCCAUCACCAGCGCCAUGAUCUGUGCUGGUGGGAAUGGUGCCACCUCCUGUCAGGGUGACUCUGGUGGACCUCUGGUGUACCAGACUGGGAAUGGCUGGAUGCUCAUUGGCAUUGUGUCCUGGGGAACCUCCAACUGCAACAUCAACACUCCAGCCAUGUACACUCGUGUCAGCCAGUUCCGUAACUGGAUUGACGCCGUCGUUGCUCAGGGAUAAAUCUGUGGCCAGUGUGAUCCCUUCACCGGGAUUAAUAAAGUACUAGCAUUUUCUUGUGCCAAGCACUGCCUCUGGCUCCUUUCUCAUCA